GUCAAAUGGAAUCGAAUGGCACAGAGAGAGACGCUGGGAAAUGCACGAGCUCGAAAAGGUGUCUCUGUACAGGACGGACCGAAGGAUAAAUCAAAACCAUCCAUGAAGCCAUCACAUAGACAAGACUCCUGGAUAUACAAAACAUUUAAGAAAAGAUCUUGCGGUCGAUUUAUUCCCUCGAAGAAGGACACAAGACGUUGCUGCUGUGGUCUACUGGACAAAGAUCAUCAAGGUGAAGCUACCCGCGGGAUUCCAGGCGGUGAUGUGAAUUGGAGCGUGGCAAGCCACACAGAAGAACAGCCAACGAACGCUUAUGGUGAACUGGAAUUUACUGGGGCUGGGUUAGCAAGUAGAGCUAAGCUUUCCAAAGACAAAACAUCUCAGCUUCAUCUUAUUGGCAUUGCUACCUGGGGAAUUGUGAAUCACAGAGAGGAUUUGAUCGACAGCCAGGGAGUUGUCACGUAUCACAUGACUUCUAGUCUGCUGUCAGAGGGAGCGUGUCUCGAUAACAAUCAUUCGCACUUCAUCCUGGUGGACGAUGGGACAGUGGGAAAAUAUGGAGGAGAAAUCCCUUUCCGCGCAGGUCUUCAGAAUUGUAUAUCAACAAAAAAGAUGGAAAGAAGUAAAUCUCACGGAAUCCCGGUGGUUCUUCUCGUUCUCGAGGGAGGACCAAACACAAUCCAGACAGUGUUGGAAUCUGUCACUAGCAAUCCAGCUGUGCCCGUUGUCAUUGCCGAGGGCAGCGGAAGGGCUGCUGAUAUCUUAGCGCAUGCUCAUGGGAUUGUCACUUCAAAUGAAGGAACUGAUAUGGAGGACAUGUCUGAAGUAGUUGAACAUCAACAGCUUCUUAUGAAGAUCCAGAAAGCCUUCCCAGAAUGCAACGAGGAAAAAUGCACCGCUCUAUAUCAUAACGUACUUAAAUGUGUGGAAAAAAAGAGAUAUAUUACAAUAUUUCGCAUGGACGCUCAACAUGCGUCCGCCGCUGACCAGUUGAGUUUGGCUUUAAUAUGGAACAGGGCUGAUAUCGCCAAAACAGAGAUCUUUACAGAAGACCAAAAAUGGAAGAUGAAAUCCUUGGAGGAUGCAAUGACGGAUGCUCUGGUCAACAACCGUGUCGAGUUUGUCAAGCUUCUCUUGGAGAAUGGCGUCAGCAUGAGCAGAUUUUUGACGACAACUCGGCUGGAGGAGUUAUACAAGGCGAGAUGGAGGUCGUCAUCCAGUGCUGUAUUGAGACAACUGAUCGGGAACGGAAAGAUCGACGCUGACCAUUUUGAUUUGUCUGAUGUUGACAAUGUCAUUCGGCGGCUGUUAGCAAUCGCUUACAAAGGACGCAGAGAGAAGAACUCGAUAACAAAGGUAUUGCUACACUUCGAUUUUAUGAAUCAUACCUCAUCAGAAAGCGACACAAUUCUCAUACUCAGAGAAUUCAAACGACUGGCACUGGAUUUGUUGGAAAAAUGUUUUCAAGAAAAUGAAGAACUUACCCAACAGCUCCUGACAUAUCAUCUGGAGAACUGGGGCGGACAGACAUGUCUGUCACUUGCUGUCGCCGUUGAACAUGAAGAAUUUCUAGCACACAGUAGUUGCCAGGCUCUUCUCACUGAUAUAUGGACGGGAGCAAUCAAGAAUGCGCACAGAUCUUCAAUUAAGACAAUGCUUGGAAUCCUCAUACCUCCCACGAUAUUUUUACUGGCAUUUAAAACAAAACAGGAGCUAUCAUCCAUGCCGGUUCCACAGGAAGAAUAUGAACAAGAAUUAACUACGGAGGAAGAAUGUGAAGAGGAGGAAAAUGAAGAAGAAAUCCCAAGCUACAGAACAAGCCCAGCAAUGACGAACGACAGCAAAGCGAUGGAGUUGAGAACGCUCGCUGUGUCACGUGAGUUGCACAGGAUACCCACGUACCAUGUGCGCAGACGAGAGACCCGUGUGGUGAAACUGCGAUGGACGAGGAAGAUAUUAGAGUUCUACAAAGCACCUGUUACUAAGUUUUGGUCCAACGUGUUUGCUUAUAUGGCGUUCUUGGUGCUGUUUAGUUUUGUCAUCCUCGUAAAACAAGACAAAAUUCCUUCCAUCAGUGAAAUGGUGCUCAUCAUUUUUGUUUGUACACUCUGUACGGAAGAAAUCAGACAGAUACUCCACUCUGAGCCACCAACAUUUGGUAGCAAAUUAAACGACUGGGCGUCCAGUAAAUGGAAUCUUCUCGACGGUUUUGCAGUCGUAUCGUUUUUCAUUGGACUCGGACUUAGGCUUCACCCAACCACACGCAGUGCUGGUCACGUGGUAUACUGUCUCGAUGUGAUGCUAUGGAUAAUUCGCCUUUUGCACAUAUUUUCUGUCAGCAAACAUCUCGGACCUUAUGUGGUCAUGAUUGGGAGAAUGACUGUAGAUAUGCUGUAUUUCCUCUUGAUCAUGGUCAUCUUCCUCCUGGCCUAUGGAGUCGCCCAACAAGCCAUCUUGUACCCAAAUGAGAUAGCCUCCUGGUCUACGGUGUCGGGAGUGUUCUUCAGACCUUAUUUCCAGGUUUAUGGGGAGCUUUUUUUUGAUGAACCAGACACGAUAAGCCCGACAGAGACUGUAUUAGGCACUCCAAGAAAAGAUAAACAUGGUGACACUAUUGUGGUGCUUAUCAUGGCCUUUUAUCUUCUGGUCGCCAAUAUUCUCCUUCUGAAUCUUCUCAUCGCCAUUUUCAACAACACGUUCUCCAGCGUACAGGCUAACGCAAAUCAGAUUUGGAAGUUUCAGCGGUAUUACUUGGUCAUGGAGUAUGCGCAGAGACCGGUGUUGGUUCCUCCUUUCAUCAUCCUUAAUCACGUGAUCCAUAUUCUAAGGGGUUUAUACCGCUGGCUAAAAAGCUGUCUGGGACGAGGCAACACCAACCACGAAACGUCUAGUUAUGGACUAAGUAUGGCUUUUCUUCAUGGAUAA